CAUUCAUGCGCCCAAGGUUCAACAGCAAACUCCCGAACUGAACGUUGAUAGUCCUGCAAGUACUUAUUGAAGUGUAGAUUGAUUUGUGUUGCAGUUAGGUCAUUUAUAUCGUAUAAUGGUUCGACUUUAGUAACAGUUCAUUAAUACUGGGAAAGGUUGCGAAAAGUAGUGGCCAGACACCGCGUGCGUUUUCACAGCUGAAGUGGCUAGAAAGUCAACGUGAAUAGAGGACAACAUGGUGUAUUCUUUCAUACUGAAAGUUGUGCAGCGUAAUUUGCAUCAGUAUCAAACACUGUCAACGCAAUGCGUUCUGGGAAUAUGCAAACGCAUGCAGAACAGUUUGCACCUUCAGAAACCGUCUACUACAACAUCCAGGUUAAUUUUCUAUAGGACUGCAAAUCGCUCACCUAUUGUGAGUAAUAUAGUUUGUACACGGAGUCGAAGCAUUUCUCUCGACACAAGGUUGAGAAGUAAAGGCGAAGAGAAGGAUGGUGGUCAGGUGUCAGUACCGAGGCAAGGACCUUCUACUGCACAUAAAGGUAAGCCUGUCGAACACAUUAAUGUAUUGACAUUCAAUCGGAGCCCAUAAAAGGACUUAAUCAAUGGAUUUGCCUUGUCAAUUACACUUUUUGCACAAUAAGAAUGAAAGAGACUAAACUGUUGAAAGUGUUGACAUUGGCAUAAUGGCAUCAUCCUUUUCUCCAACUAUCAAAGAGUUUAGAACUAAAAGGGUAUACCAUAAUCAGAGUUCUCUCCCUCGCAACAGUGAAGGAAGCUGGCAAAGACUUCACCUACCUCAUAGUUGUGCUGAUUGGACUCGGUGUAACAGGUGAUUUUCACUUCCAGAAUAUGAUAUUGAAACAUGAAUUGAUGUAAUCUGAUUAAAAUAUAAUUUUCCCCAACCUGUUGACACCUGUGUUUUGCUCUCAGGUGGGUUGUUGUAUGUGGUGUUCCAGGAGUUGUUCUCCUCCUCCAGCCCCAACAAGGUCUACAGCAAAGCCUUCAACAAAACCAGGUUACACCCAGAGGUGAGAUAACAAGCACAGAAACAUAACAUCAACAAGACAAUCUACUCUUAGUCUACAUCUCAGUUGAGUUCAGUUCAUUUAUGUAUUUGCCUUUUGCAGGAAUGUGUUUUGCGUACAAGAGCACUGAGUUAAGACAUUAGCCAUCUACAUCUCAUUAGUCUCACUGCCUCUUCUCCUUGUCUCUUUCCCUGCAUCUGUACUUAUCUGAAAACACAGGAUUAAUAAAAACAAUGUGGUGUCAGGGGUCGCGUUAACGCAGGAUUCUGCAUUUUUCACACAGAAAGGGAAAGCUAAAACGCAGAAAAAAAAUGUGUGCUUCAGUUGCACACUCAAAUUGGAUCACCAGACAGUGCUCUGACUGAUGGAUGUGUAGGCUACUUUUCCUCUGGUGUAGUUUUUCUAUGGUAUCAAGGUAAAAUGCAAGAUUAACUUCAAGCAAAACAUUAGGAAAAUGUAGUUAUUUCUAUGAUAAACAUUAUAAAUAUGAUGGCCAUGCAUCAUUUUUGCUAAAAAUACCUUGCUUUUUCAUUGUAAGCUAAUUGACUUGUGUGGCUGCUUGCCGGCAAAUAGCGUUGCACACCUGUUGUCAUCUGCUACAAAAUGUGUUCCGCUAAUGUAUUUUGUUGGAAGAAAAACUAUAGUUGCACUCCCCUGAUCUAUUGAAGCAAAAAAACACUUGACUUUCAAUAUAAAACACAGGUGAAAUGGUUUAAAACACAGAUUUUUGAUGGUCUGCGUUUAGAAAAUGCUGAUUUCUGAAAGCUAAUUCGACCCCUGGGUGUAAAGCUGAUUGUUCUCUUCCUUCCUCUUUGUAAAACCACAGGUGAUUGGAGUGUUCGGGGAGCCAAUCAAGUGCUUCGGUGAGACGUCCCGCCGAGGUAGAAGACAGAAAAUCAGGUGAGAUCAACGUUUGUUUGUACCAUGAUGGUCUCUCUUUAUACACUGUGAUAAGAAUACAAGAUCACUGAAUUAAACAGACUGUGUGAUUUACGUCAGUGUGAUUACUAGCAAGUUUACCAUGUUCUUUCUCCCCACAGUCACGUUGAGUACAUGAAGGAUGGACUGAAGCACAUGAGACUGAAGUUCUACAUCGAGGGAGAAGAACCAGGCCGGCAGGGAACUGUGCACACAGAAUCUAAAGAGGUUAGACAUAUUCCCUAGCCAUAUUCUUUUAUGUGUAAUUUAUCUGCUUGAUUGACCUAAACGGUAUAGCAUUUAGAGACAUUAUUUUAUUGAUAUCAGAAACAAGAUUCUCCAUUAAUUAAAGAAGAAUUAUUGGCAUAAUCGGCAGAGGCUCUUUAUGUUGUGAUAUAAGGUGAAAGUGUUUUAACUCUUUCAACAGAACCCUGAAACUGGAAAGUUAGAGUUCCGCUACAUCUUCGUGGAAGUAGACACCUACCCAAGGAGAACCAUUGUCAUUGAGGAUAACAGAUAAGAUGGGGACUGAUUAUUUGAGCCAGUCUGAAGAGGUGCAUCAGCUGUCUAGCAUCACUCAGAUGAUACAGGCAAUGCAUCACUUUGUUGCUGAAUAGAUGGAAUCAAGUUCGUAUGUCUUGUUGUUUAGUAUGAGUUUGUGUUAGACACACGUGAACGUAAAUGUUGGGUGAUUUAGAAAAUGGGGUCAAACAAUGAUUGAUGGUAAAUGAAACAGAUCACUACUGCCAUUGCUGACUUUUCUGAGGACAAUUUCCUUGUUUUUGAGAUAAGUGAGGGUGGAGGAUGAUCUCUCUUUUACGUGGCUGUUCCCUUCUGAAUGCCAAUGACUGGUGUUUAAAUUAGCUAUGAUUUGAAGCUAUGCCGUUUUAAUGCUCCAUAGGAUGAAAGGCUUCUCUAAAGAAUGGUUUACUUUUGUUGUGAAAUGAUGGAAACGUAAUGCUGUAAAAGAAAAGCAUCUGAUGCAGAGAUGUUAUUUGUGUGUUGACAGUGAAAAUGUUGAAUGUCUUUGUUCUGGUCAUGAAUCUACUACACUGAUUUGAGAUAUGGAUAAACAUCAAAGAUUUUGAGUUAACUAAGACACCUGUAUUUUGAGAGCAAAUAAAUAUAAUUAUGUUUUAUGAGUAUGUGGUCAUACAAAAAAGGAAUGUGACUUGAUUAAACCCCCAAUGAUAAAGGAUUCACUGGCCAUGUGAAAUUAUACAUAUUCUGUCACACUGCAAAUGUUCUAUUCCACCCUGAACUUAUUGGAAUUACAUUGUAGAAUAAAUAUGUUGUUACACAUGAGGUUGGUGGCACAUUAGUUUGGGAUAACGGGCUGGUGGUAAUGGUUUCCAUGUGUUUGAUGCC